CCAGGCAGAGUGCGUGUGAGUGAGCAGCAGACUAUUUCCACCUUCAACGACUUCAAGUGGGAUUACGCAUUUCAGGCUUCCAAUCGUGGUGUCAUCAUGAAGCUGGUUUUGCUGACCUUGACCGGACUGGUGCUGCUGGCGGUAGAGGGACGGGCAGACAGAGUCCUGUCCAGAAGAACAAAGAGGGAGCUGGCCGGUCCUCUUCACGUCGGUGGAAUCAGGGACCCGUUUGGUUCGUACUGUCAGAGGAGAGGAGGAUGCUGUCCCGGGAGAGAUGACCAGUGUACAGUCCCCUACCUGGACACCAUCUGCUACUGUGACCUGUUCUGCAACCGCACCGUCUCCGACUGCUGCCCCGACUUCUGGGGUCACUGUCUCGGUGUGCAGCCACCCUUCAUUGGCACUUGUGAGAGGAAUGGAAACAGAUUCUUCUCCGGACAGACGUACAGAGACAACUGCAAUUUAUGCACCUGCGGUAUUACUGGGCGCUGGGAGUGUGACCAGAACGCCUGUCUGAUCGAGAGCGACAUCAUCCAGUCGGUCAACAGAGGAAACUACGGGUGGAAAGCAGCCAACUACAGCCAGUUCUAUGGCAUGACUCUGGACGAGGGGAUCCGCUACCGGCUGGGCACUCAGAGACCGUCCCGAACCAUCAUGAACAUGAAUGAGAUGCAGAUGAACAUGGACCCUCAGAGUGAACAAAUGCCGCUGCGGUUCGACUCAGCGCAGAAGUGGCCCGGGAAGAUUCAUGAACCGCUUGACCAGGGAAACUGUGCAGCUUCGUGGGCCUUUUCAACAGCCUCUGUGGCAUCGGACAGGAUCUCCAUCCAGUCCAUGGGUCACAUGACUCCCCAGCUGUCGCCACAGAACCUCAUCUCCUGUGACACCCGGAACCAGGGUGGCUGUGCUGGUGGGCGUAUCGACGGGGCCUGGUGGUACCUGCGGCGCAGAGGAGUGGUGACCGAAGAUUGCUAUCCGUACCGCCCCCCCCAACAGACCCCAGCAGAGGUGGGCCGCUGCAUGAUGCAGAGUCGCUCUGUGGGCCGAGGCAAGAGACAGGCUACUCAGCGCUGUCCCAACACCCACAACUACAACAAUGACAUCUACCAGUCCACGCCGCCCUACAGGCUCUCCUCCAAUGAAAAGGAGAUCAUGAAGGAGAUCAUGGAUAAUGGUCCGGUGCAAGCGAUUCUGGAAGUUCACGAAGACUUCUUCCUCUACAAAAGCGGGAUCUACAAACACACCGAUGUCAGCUUCACCAAGCCGCCUCAGUAUCGCAAACACGGCACACACUCUGUCAAGAUCACCGGGUGGGGAGAGGAGCCACACUUUGAUGGAACUCCACGAAAAUAUUGGAUCGCAGCCAACUCCUGGGGCAAGAACUGGGGCGAGGACGGCUACUUCCGUAUCGCCCGCGGGGAGAACGAGUGUGAGAUUGAAACGUUCGUGAUCGGAGUUUGGGGCAGGAUCACCAUGGAGGACAUGCACAACCAUCACCACCAUCAUCGUCGCCGACACAUUUAAAGACACAAGAAAGGUUUAGGAGACAUUUGAACACAAGGAGACUCAAAACAUCCCCUCAUUCUAGAGCAGGCUGGGAACAAACGUGAGCCCUGUUCAUGAGAACCUCAGUUGUCCACUUGUGAUUUUAGUUCAGCCAAAACUCAGAUCUAUAGUGUUUCAGUUCCAGCAUCUCAGGUACCUUCAGUUCCAAAGAUCACACUUCGCAAGGUCAUCAGGAUGAAUCUAAUAGUGAAAGAGAAGUCGCGUUUGUGCUUUUGGUCAAUUCUUCCACUAAAUCUGUGUAAUCCAGUCGGACCAAAGAUGAAAUCUGAGUAUGGGAUUAGGAGCUUCCCCUCGGACAAAGACACGCCCAGCUCAGCCGUGUAACCUGAUAAUAUCACCCAGCACCUUGUUGACAUUUACCUGUCAGCUAUAUGCUUGAUCAUGUGACCCUGUCGUUUUUCCAGACAAUCGGAGAGCUGCAGGCAGGAGUUUGCUAUGUUGGUCAGCAGUCUAAAGUGACUUGAGAUGUGUAUAGCAAUCGAGAAUAAAAAAUAAUGAUGCAGUUGGUGGGCAGCUGGGCAGUAAAGUCACCGACCGCUUCACACGAUAAAGGAAGAAAUUGACAUCUGUUGUUUGUAUAUUUCAAUAGUCAGCUUCCUUACAAAUCUCAUGGUGACUUUAGUUGACUUGUGUAGACAAAGUUGAGUUGAGGAAGCUAUAUCGGAUGUUAGUCCCUUUUUGAAUCGUAUUCAUUGUUUUGCUCAGAUUAUUUUGAGAUUUAAGCCUGAACCUAAUUCUACUUGUUUGCUAUUCAAGACAAAUAUUUUCAUGACAUGUUAGCCGUCAGUGGCAAAGAUAAAUAUGCAUAAAAGUAUGCGCUACUUUACUUGAAAGUAGAAGAGCAGUGUUCAGUUCCAAAAAGACCACUCAGAAAAUUACUACUAAAUAAAGUUAUACUUCUGGAAUUUUCCUAAAUUGUUGUCUUAUGUUUUUGUAAUAUAUAAAAAUAUUUCUUUCUUCCAUUUUAUUUAUAAAUGCCCCCCUCUCUUACUCACUUUUUCAUUCGGUCGAAUGGGUGAUUACUAGAGACAAACAUUCAGUGACGUGACGGCUAUGAUCAGAAAUAUAUAUUUAUAAAUUGUGACCAAAUCUGGACGUGUUCCUUCUAAACACCUCACAUAGUUCAGAUGCAUUUAUUUCAGUUUUGAUCGAUACUUUUAGACUCUACUAUUGUUUAACUGGUGCUGAACUAUUGUCAUGUGAUACACUCUUUGUUGUGACCACUGCUUCGUGUUGUCUUAAUGUGAUGUGUCCACUGUUACACAAUAUUUUCACCACAAUAUGCUUCACGGUUGUUCAAGAGGGAGGUGUUCUGCUGCUGCUGCUCUCUGUCUCAGUCACCGUUUUAUGCGCCGUUAAAAUGCAAUUUCAGUCUCACAGAUUCAGUUUUUUUAAAUGACGUCGUUGCCUUUUUAUUUAAAUUACAGUUGGUUGAUGGAUUUGUAGGCACUUUCCCACUUGUAACUUGAAGUACAGUGUUAUUACCAUUUGCCUUCAAUUAUACUCGACUGUGUAACUUCAAAAACCGACUUCUGUAUCAUCACGGUCUUCUGAUCCUAAAGUGCCUCUGUCGUCCUCUUAAGACUUAAAAGAGAAAAGUGCGGCCGGAGGGUCAAUGUGCAGUGUGGUGGAGAGGCUCUGGCCGGAUCAGCCGCCGCAGUUUUUCUCCAGAUUAAGGUGGAGAGGGAUGAAAAACACAAAGAAAAAGCGCUCUUGAGACAAUCUGCACAGCAGGGGUCACAAUCUAAACUUAAAGAGUCACCAACAGCUUGUUGAAGAGCAUGAAACAAGCUUUUUUUCUUGGAUUUUGCUCUUUAAAAAUGAAAAAUAUCAAAGUCCACUCUGACUUGGGAAUGUCAUGGGAUCCUUCAGUCAGUGGACUAAGGGAAGCCUGGAAAUCCCUGGACUACAAAUAACAAAUAUGAAUCUCAAAAAUAAUAAUUACUGUCAAUCAUUAUGACUCAAAGCACAACAGACAAGAUGCAGUGUGGAGUCACCAGUGUCUUAAAUGUUCAUGUUCAUUCUGUAUCUUUCCGUAAGAGCAGCCGAUUGUUCAUCAUCCCCUAAAAGAAUGAAUGUUGGUGUGUGAAUGUUUGUGUCAGCGAGAGAGAAUAUACUGUGGUGUUGGCUACAACUGGUUUCACUGUAAAAUAGACCACUCCAUAUUCACUAGUGUGUAGACUUAUUUAUGACGUGUAAAUGCUAUACUUUAUUACUCUUUAUUACUGCUCCGUUGUCCUGUGCGAUGUGUUAUUAUCUUGAUGGAAACAUGUAACAUCACAGCAGUGUUCGCUUGCCUGGCACAAUAAAGUCUUAAAACCAAUCAAUGUCUUCUGAGUUGAACGUGAUGUUGUUUUCACAAUGUGAUUUGUUUUUCUUGAUAUGCAUUUAAAUAACAGACCUACUUUGUUUUAGAAAAAAAAAAAAAGUUAUUUCUCUGUGUGACGUCCCUUAAAAGUAUGUGAUGACCUUUUUUAAAAUCCAAAUAAAUUAACA